UCUUCCAAAUAUAAUAAUAAUAAUAAUAAUAAUAAUAAUAAUAAUAAUAAUAAUAAUAAUAAUAAUAAUAAUAAUAAUAAUAAUAAUAAUAAUAAUAAUAAUAAUAAUAAUAAUAAUAAUAAUAAUAAUAAUAAUAAUAAUAAUAAUAAUAAUAAUAAUAAUAAUAAUAAUAAUAAUAAUAAUAAUAAUAAUAAUAAUAAUAAUAAUAAUAAUAAUAAUAAUAAUAAUAAUAAUAAUAAUAAUAAUAAUAAUAAUAAUAAUAAUAAUAAUAAUAAUAAUAAUAAUAAUAAUAAUAAUAAUAAUAAAAAUAAAAAUAAUAAUAAUAAUAAUAAUAAUAAUAAUAAUAAUAAUAAUAAUAAUAAUAAUAAUAAUAAUAAUAAUAAUAAUAAUAAUAAUAAUAAUAAUAAUAAUAAUAAUAAUAAUAAUAAUAAUAAUAAUAAUAAUAAUAAUAAUAAUAAUAAUAAUAAUAAUAAUAAUAAUAAUAAUAAUAAUAAUAAUAAUAAUAAUAAUAAU